AAAGCAUUGCAGUCCUCUGCUCUGAUUCUUCCCAAGACUGGCAGGACGCCCCAGCAGGCUACAUGGUUUUGUAUAGGUAUCAAAGGCCAAAAUUAGGAUUUUCCAAAUCUACACAGAGAGUCACUGGAUAUUGGGUGUAACCGUGAAGUCUGUGUUUUCUCAUUUAAUCUGCAAACAUUUAUUGAGCCUUCUUUAUGUACCAGAUGUGAGCGCUUCCUUGGGGGCACCUGACAAUCUGAUGGAAUCCUUUAACUUUGGAAUCAGUGAAACGACUAAUAGCAGAAGGUAAUAAAGAAGAACUACAAAACUGUUUUGGGGCCCGAAUGCAGUUUGGGACAGCUGGUCUUCGAGCUGCUAUGGGAGCAGGAAUUUCUCAUAUGAAUGACUUGACCAUCAUCCAGACUACACAGGGAUUUUGCAGGUACCUAGAAAAACAAUUCAGUGACCUGAAACAGAGAGGUGUUGUGAUCAGCUUUGAUGCCCGAGCUCAUCCACCCAGUGGAGGCAACAGCAGAAGAUUUGCCCGACUUGCUGCAACCACAUUUGUCUGUCAGGGGAUUCCUGUGUACCUCUUUUCUGAUAUAACCCCAACCCCCUUUGUGCCCUACACAGUAUUGCAUUUGAAACUUUGUGCUGGGAUCAUGAUAACUGCCUCUCACAAUCCAAAGCAAGAUAAUGGUUAUAAGGUCUAUUGGGAUAAUGGAGCUCAGAUCAUCUCUCCUCACGAUAAAGGGAUUUCUCAAGCUAUUGAAGAAAAUCUAGAGCCAUGGCCUCAAGCAUGGGAUGAUUCUUUACUUGAUGGCAGUCCGCUUCUUCAUGACCCAAGUGCUUCCAUCAAUAACGACUACUUUGAAGAACUUAAAAAAUACUGUUUUCACAGGAGUGUGAACAAGGAGACGAUGGUGAAGUUUGUGCAUACCUCUGUCCAUGGUGUGGGGCACAACUUCGUACAGGCGGCUUUCAAGGCUUUCGAUCUUGUUCCACCUGAGGCUGUUCCUGAACAGAAAGAUCCAGAUCCUGAGUUUCCAACAGUGAAAUACCCAAAUCCUGAAGAGGGUAAAGGUGUCUUGACUUUAUCUUUUGCUCUGGCUGACAAAACCAAGGCUAAAAUUGUUCUAGCAAACGACCCAGAUGCCGAUAGACUUGCUGUGGCAGAAAAGCAGGAAAGUGGUGAAUGGAGAGUAUUUUCAGGCAAUGAGUUGGGGGCCCUCCUGGGCUGGUGGCUCUUUACUUCUUGGAAAGAGAAGAACCAAGAUCGCAGUGCCCUCAAAGACACCUACAUGAUGUCCAGCACAGUCUCGUCCAAAAUCUUGCGGGCCAUUGCGUUAAAGGAGGGUUUUCACUUUGAGGAAACACUAACUGGCUUUAAGUGGAUGGGAAACAGAGCCAAACAGCUAAUAGACCAGGGGAAAACUGUCUUAUUUGCAUUUGAAGAAGCUAUUGGAUAUAUGUGCUGCCCUUUUGUUCUGGACAAAGAUGGAGUCAGUGCUGCUGUCAUAAGUGCAGAGUUGGCUAGCUUUCUAGCAACCAAGAAUUUGUCUUUGUCUCAGCAGCUAAAGGCCAUCUAUGUGGAGUAUGGCUACCAUAUUACCAAAGCUUCUUAUUUUAUCUGCUACGAUCAAGGCACCAUUAAAAAAUUAUUUGAAAACCUCAGAAAUUACGAUGGAAAGAAUAAUUAUCCAAAAACCUGUGGCAAAUUUAAAAUUUCUGCCAUUAGGGACCUGACAACUGGCUACGAUGAUAGCCAAUCUGACAAAAAAGCUGUUCUUCCUACUAGUAAAAGCAGCCAAAUGAUUACCUUUACCUUUGCUAAUGGAGGUGUGGCCACCAUGCGGACCAGUGGGACCGAGCCCAAAAUCAAGUACUACGCAGAGCUGUGUGCCCCCCCUGGAAACAGUGAUCCUGAGCAGCUGAAAAAGGAACUGAAUGAACUAGUCAGUGCUAUUGAAGAACACUUUUUCCAGCCACAAAAGUAUAACCUACAGCAAAAAGCAGAGUAAAACAUUGCCUUGGGCAUAAUUACAUGUACCUACAAUUAAAGCUGAACUUGAUUUGUUAACUUUUUUGAGGGCCAAAUGAUUCAAAUUAUCACUAUAAGUAUUUAUAUUUUUAAAAUAGAUAUACAUUUCUCAUUGUUUUAUGUUUACUCUUUAAGGUGAAUAAAGAAGAGAUGGCCAAACCUAAUAAACCAACAUUCUUAUUAAAAGGUUGAGCCUCGGCAUUAUCUGAAUUUUUAAAAAAUGAAGAUUUCAAAAAACAACUAACUUUAAAAAAUAGACUGUAAUUAACAUGCCUUAAAUAAAUAUAUCAUAAAUCAUAAAUGUA